ACAAAUUAUGCUUGAAUUAGAUCGUUUUGAACGUGUUCAUCGUCCAUCAGCUACUGUUGUCUUGAUUUCUGGUGAUAUAGAUUUUGUGGGCAAACUAAAUGAUCUUCGUCAUCAAGCUGGAUUUCAAGUCAUUGUUAUACAUAAUAAACUGGCUAAGGAUGAAUUAAAGGAAACAGCAAAUGUUUCUUAUUCAUGGAACGAAUUUACUGAAUCAGUACAACAACAAGAACUAAAUCUAGAAAAUAGAUCAGCAAGGUUGAAAGUAGUUUCAAAUUAUCGAAAAGCGACUUCAAAAUUAAGGAAAUUAAGUUUAAUGACAAAAUCUGAUUUAUAUGACAAAAAUAAUCCUCAUCAGAAUGAUAUUUUAUAUUCAAAACCUCCAGUUAUGUAUCGAUAUGUUCGAAGUGCAAGCCGAAAUCAUCAUCGAAACAAUCGUAAUCAAUCACGACAACGACAAACCAUUGAACCUGUUAAGCCAAUGUUGAUUUAUUGUGGUGGUAUUAAUACUCCUUCAACUGCUUCAAACUCAAUAGUUGCACCACAAGCUCAAAUGCAUCAAGGAAAUAGUAUUAGUCGAUUGAACCAAAGAAAUAAUUCUGUGUUUCGUUCGUGUGAGCGCAUAGCAUCAGCUGUCGAUGAUGAUACAUCAAAAAAAGAGUACAAUUCAAUGUCAUGUUCUCAUUGUACUAAUGAAUUUAGUACAAUCCAAGCACUUCGUGAGCAUCAAAAGGAUAAAAAACACUUAUUCUAUUGUUCGAAAUGCAUGAAUGACGUCUCUACAUCAGAUGGUUUAAAGUACCAUCAAAUUGCAAAAGCAUGUGACACUUCAACGAAUAUACCUGAUCAAGACAAAUUGCAAUCUGACCCAAAUGAAAAUCUGAAUAUGCCUGAACAUAUUGCUUUAUUUGAGGAAAAAACCACUACUUCUGACGACAACAAACGUACUUCUGAACAUCAAAAUUCUGCGAACAAUAACUUAACUAUCGACAGAAACAUGAAU